AUGUCAGUACCAAAAGCGGUAACCCCGAGCUACACUCGGGCUUACCAUGCGGCGCUGCAUAGGGAUUCCCUGCAGAGCUUACCUUGUCCUGCGCUCCCGCGAUGUGUCCCAUGCAACGUCCCCGGCAAUCUCCUCCGGCCGAUGCCGGCAUCCGGCUUCUGUGUUCCGGUCCUUGUGACGUCGGGACGUACGGGCAGCGGCGGGAAAUUUGAAAAUUUUCAAAAAUUUAAUUUUUUUCCAAACAAAUUUUAAAUAUGCUUUGUCCUGUGCCCUGCCUGCAUUUUGACUGUUCUUUUUG